GUGAUUGAACUGUAGUUUUUCCCACGAUCCUGAAGUUGGAACAGACUACGACUGACAUGGCGGGGCCAGUGACAAAUGAGCCUAUGAAGUCGCAGCAGAAGUGCGUGGCCGUCUUCGCCCUGCUGUGCUGCUUGGCCGUCCUGCUGGCGUUGAUCUUCUCGGCGGUGGACAUGUGGGGGGAUGAGGAGGACGGCAUCACCGAGGAGAACUGUGGCCGAGACUGCAGUAUCACCCUUGUGGAGAAUAUUCCAGAAGACCUCCCCCUUUCGAUAAAUGGUAUGACCCAUGUGCCCUUGACGUCAGGGCUUCACAGCCUGUUGGACCGGACCAAGCGCUCUGUGGAGGUGGUUUCCCCUGUCUGGGACCUCAACUCCUGGGACCAGGAGACAUGGCCCAACACUGCCUCAGAGGGCCAGUUGUUGUUCCAGAGGCUGGUCAAUCUGAGGUCAAGUGGAGUUCAGCUGAAGGUUGCCAGUAGCCUGACAGACAAUACUGAGCUGAGGGCAAUGGCCAAGCAUGACGCGGUGGUUGGCUUUGUGAACAUGACAGCUCUGACCAGAGGGGGGCUGCACUCGUCGUUCUGGGUCGUGGACAGGAAACACGUGUACAUCGGGAGCGCAGGCAUGGACUGGAGGGCGCUGUCCAAGAGGAAGGAGCUGGGAGUGAUCGUCUACAACUGCAGCUGCCUGGCUCUGGACCUCCACCGGGUCUUCUCCUUCUACUGGCAGCUCCAGUACAGAGACUACAUCCCGUCCAUCUGGUCCAAGAGAGUCACAGCCCUCUACGGCAAAGACAGCCCCCUCGCCCUCACUCUCAACCAGACGGACGCCACCGCUUACGUGUCCGCUUCACCUGAAUCCUUUUGUCCAAAAGACAGAACCAAAGAUGUAGACGCCAUUAACGAAGUCAUCCGGGAUGCCAAAAGCUUUAUCUACAUAUCCAUAACUGAUUACCUUCCACUGCUUAACAGAACCUACCGGGGGACUGUAAUCACAAGAUACUGGUCUGCUAUCGACGAGAUGAUCCGAGAGGCCGUAGUCCUGAGGGGGGUCAGAGUUCGCAUGUUAAUCAGCUUCUGGAAGGAGACCCACCCUCUCACGUUCAACUUUGUGACUUCCCUCAAGUCACUGUGUAUGGAGCUGACAAAUUGUUCUCUGGAGGUGAAGUUCUUUAGCAAACGGGAGUGGAUGGAUGGCGUUCAACAAGUGCUCAACCACAACAAGUACAUGGUGACCGACAGCGCAGUGUACAUCGGGAAUCACGACUGGGUGGGGAGAGAGUUUGUCUAUAAUGCGGGAGCAGGGCUGGUGAUUAGGCCCUCACAGAGUCUGGAGGACAGAGGGCCCGGUAUCGUGGAGCAUGUUAAGGCUGUGUUUGAGAGAGACUGGACAUCACACUUUGCCAGGAAUCUGCUGACCAAAGAGGGUCUAUUUCCACAGGGGGAAAAAAAUAGAAACCUCAAACAACCAGAACUGAGAAGUCCAAAAGACGACAAAGAUGGAGAGAGAAGAUGGAAUAACCCUUUAUAAAUAUAAAAGCACAAAUGAUGAACUUGUUCCUUUAUAUUGCAACCAAAUUGACUACACAAGCCACCUUUAGAUUCUACAUGAAAAUGCUGAUAUUUAGGAAGGUGGACUCGAUCCAUUAAUAUUGUCAUAUUUCAAAAGAGAAAAUCUCUCACUCAUCAACCAAAUGCUAUCUAUAGAGAAUGCCAGAAGACAUACAUUGUUGAUGUGUUGAGAAAUCUAUUCAGUUCUAUUUACAUGUAAUAAGACUGAGAAUGUAACGUUCAAACAGUAUAUUUUACCAGCAUGGGCUGCAUGAAGACUAAAAUGUAUAAGAUUGUGAACAAGCUCUACGUCAGAUAUCAAGGACAGACAUGAAACAUGUUUUACUUCUGCAAUAUCCUCAAGUCUCAGUCAUUUCAAUUCUGCACGAAUUUUAUAU